GAGAAGUGAAGAAAAAGCAGAGAAUAAAAAGAGACCGGAUGUUGACAAAUUUCAUGUCACUGUUCUUAGAAGGUCGUUUGUUUGUGUGAAGAUUUCUUAUCUGGGAUCUCUCUCUUCGCCAAUUCUUCUUUUUAUUUUUAUUUUUUCUUCCUCUUUCUCUCUCUAAAAAAGGAAAAUCAAAGCUCUGUUGUUCUUGCCUUUAUGCGAUAGAGAAAGAGGAACAGGAGUGGCCCAGCAGAUCGAAAUCGACGAUCUGAACUUCUUCAAUGUUGUUGCAGCAACACCCACUUCGCUGUUUCUCCUACAAUUCUUUCUUUUAGCUACUUUUUUGUUUGCUUCCUGUUGCAGUGGGAGUCAAACACUGAAUUUUUCUUCUUCUCUGGUUUUCAAUGGUGGAAUCCAUGGUGGAUUCUUAGGAGCAUGUGAUGAGAGGAUGUGGGUCUGAGUGCUGUGAAAAGUCGGUUUCAGAUCUUUUGCUUUCCACCAAAAUAUUGAAGGGUAAUUUGUCCAUAUUUGAAUACUUGAUGUCUUGAAAGUGAAAUAUUUCUGAGUUGGCAUACGAUGAGGCCGUUUUUCCUGGUGCAGUAACAUAGUCUCAAACGUAAUUGUCCUCAACCCAGCAAAUGCGAGAUGGAAUGCCAUAGUGGUCGGAAAUUUUAACGAAGCCUAAAAUGUGUCAGAUUGUACUUGUUGUUCACCAUUGAUAAAUGUGUGCAAUUAGUGACUUUUAAGAAUGCACUGUACAUCUCUAACACUUCAAAAACCUCAUUUGUUAUGCAGUAUUCUACUGACCUCCUGAACACAGAAGUUGUGAAUUUAAUUAGCAGUUGACGCUUUUGAAAAUUAACCUAUAUGAUAGUUGGUGUGAGUUACAUUGUGCACAAAUUUUUAAAGCGACAACAGAUUUUUCUACGUGCCAUAAAGAGUCUUCUGGUUUAAGAUUCUCAAAGCUUGAUGAUGUACCUAUUGCUUUCUUCUUGUAUUGUGUCCAACACAUUGUAUUUGUUCCCAUUCCUUCCAGCUCAACCUAUAUCAGUGGAUAUUUUCAACUUUUUCUGGUUAAAUAAGUGUUUUCAACUGGGAAAAUCUAUUCAACUAAAUUAAAUUGUUGUCUGGAGUGGUGAAUUUGGCUUAAUCUAGCAGCAGGUACCUUUACUGCCUGGUUUGGAAAUGUAGCAUGCUAAUUCUUGUUUCUAACUACUUAAAUCCAUGUUGCUUUACUGAACUUGUUGAGGCAAUCCACAUUUUCUUUCAAGAUAAAAGCUAAUUUAUGGAAUGUAAAGGAGUGGUAAUGAGAUUCUUGUUCGUAAUGCCAUAUAAGUUGGGUGCAAGGCCUUUGUCGUGCAUGCAUUUACUGACUGUAAGUGUUAUUGCAGAUAUGAAUUGGGUGUUAUAACACUAUGUGAUCAUCUAAAACUUCAACGUCACAUAGCUUGAAUUAAAAUGGAAAACAUUGAUGGCAAUUUUAAUUCCUUAAUGAGCAUAUUUUUUUGUUUUCAUUUGAAAAAUUAGUUAUUACUUAACAACGAGAUGAGUAGAAAGUGUACCAGACUUAUCUCCUAAGGUUUUCAAUGGCACUGCAAUGAUAAACUGUGCAUGUGCAAGCUGGCUACCAGAAGUUGCAUGGCUUUGAAGGGAUGGGAACCAAAGUUCAGAGUCUGCCAGGAUAUUACUCAAUGAGAGAUCUUAAUGAGGAAUCCAGUAGUUGUGGCUGGCCCCUAUAUUAUGGAGAUAAAACACUGGCAAAUGGGCAUUAUCAUAAUUAUUUGCCAAGUGCUGCUGCGGAUGCAUGUCCAACACAUGAUAAGGAUGUUGUGAAGCAAACAAUGCUUGAGCACGAGGCCAUAUUUAAGAAUCAGGUCUUUGAACUUCAUCGCUUAUACAGAAUACAAAGGGAUAUGAUGGAUGAAGUUAAAAUGAAUGAUUUACACAGAAACCAGAUAUCUGUUGAGAGAUCAUUUUCCACAGGUCCCUUGGCUUCCCACAUAACAUCCGAAGAUGGUAAGAAAUGGCAGAUUCCUGGGCUUCCAAUAGUUGGAAGUUCCACUUCUGCUAGACCAUCUAUUUCAGGUGUUGAGGGCGUUCAUUCUCCUUUGAGUUCUAAUAAAGGAAUCGGUAGGCAAGCUGGUCUGUUCCCAUCCCCAAAUGGGAGCAGCUCGAAAGAAGUUGAGAUAUUGGGGUUCAGACCCUCAAAGGUAAGGAGAAAAAUGUUUGACCUUCACCUCCCUGCUGAUGAGUACAUUGAUACUGAGGAAAAUGAACAGCCUGGUGAUGAAAAGAUUAGUGGCACAACCAAAUAUCUUUCUGAUAGAAAUUAUAAGCCUGAAAAGGGAGGUGAUAUGAACAUUUUUUAUGGCAAUGGUAGCCAGGAAGACAACACUUUAAGACCUGAGCGGUCUUUAAGAAGAAUAAAUGAUCUGGCAGACUUAAAUGAACCUAUUCAACGGGAAGAACCAAAUGAUGUUGCAUAUGUUUCUCCCGAAAACCAUAAUCCCUGUCAAGGGCCAACUGAAUGCUCUGAUCUAUCUGCUAAACAAAAGUCAAGGUUCUUUGGUUUGUCUAAGGAAGAUUUACUGAACUCACGUCAUGGGACUGACAGCUGGGCUCAGAAUAAUGGAUAUUUGGAUAAUAACAGGAAUGGGAAAAUGUGGAUUUCUUCAGUAGAGUCAGGACAAGCUAAAAGCAAUCUGAAACCCAUUCAUCAAGUCCUCAAACAAGAGCAGUCGUUUUUAUCUUCCCAAACGAUGCAAGAUGAACUCAAUAAAGUUCAUGAACCUACAUCUGAUCGUCUAACUAAUCAAAGCAUGGUGGAUUUGUUGAGGGAAAAGACAGCUACUGAUUUAGAUAUCAGUGAAAGAAACCGUGAAUACUCUGCUAAUAAACUUUCAGAGUCUGUUGCGUCAUCACAUAGGAAUGGUCUCUUUGCAAUCGCUCAUUCCUCAGAUUUAGCGAGGUCUUGGUCUCAAUCAUCUUGGGAAAUGGCAAGUAGUAGCCUAAACCAGAAGUUGAUAUCAGUACAGACACCUCCCUCUCCAUGUCUAAAUGCAUCCAUUGCGUUGAGUAGGAGUUCCCAGUCACAUCAUAGUAACGGGAUGUUGGGUGAUAGUUGGCCUCCUCUAAAUAUUAAUUCAAAGCUUAAUACCAGAUUUCAACAUGAGGCAUCUGGGAAAAAUGGAUUUCAUACGAGGACAUCAUCUGGGACCAAGGAGCUUUCAGUGAACAUCUCUUCUAUUAGUUAUCUCAACCAGGAUAAUGAUUGCAAGAAAUUUCCUGAAAAUUUCAACAAUGGUUCGGCAAACUGUUACAAGAGUUCAAAUUGCAAUGACAUGAAGGCUGCAAAAAAUAUUAACUUGAAUGAGAUGCUUUCAAAUGGUUCUUCCAGCAACUUGGUUUCCCAGUCAGGUCUUGGAUUCAAAGAUGGAGAACAAAAUCGAGAGGAGCAGCUUGCAGUGUUGCCUUGGCUUAGAGCCAAGUCAGCAUGUAAGAAUGAGGCACAAAAUGCUGGUAGAAGCUUAAAUGCCGGAGGUUUAAGUGUUUUCGAAGUUGCUUCCUUAUCUAACAAAGAUGAGUUUGGAAAGGGGUCUAACGGAAAUUUUUUGCACAAUGUAACUCCAGGUUUGUGUCCCAAUGAUAUUGAGCCAAAGGGGACAGAAAUUAAUGAAAGCUCUAGUAGUAAAAGGAAAAUUCUUGGUGUUCCCAUAUUUGGCAUACCUCAUAUUUCUUCUAAGGAGUCAUCUUCAUUCACCUCUCCAUCUGGGUUGGUUCCUAAUUCAUCUGGCGUAGAAUUAAAGGAAAAUAAUCGGAAAAAACAUAUUCUUGAUAUUAACUUGCCUUGUGAUGCUUCUGUUCCUGAGUUGGACAAUCAAGCUGUCACUGAAGUUAUUGUUUGUGAGACUGGAUCAUCAUCUACUAUAAAAGCCAGUUCUAGAAAUCAGAUUGAUUUGAACUUGAGUAUGAAUGAGGAGGAUGAAGCAUUUCUGACAAAUAUUCCAGCUACCAUCUUAGAAACUAAGGCAGAAAUAGAUCUUGAAGCUCCUGCCAUUCCUGAGUCAGAGGAGGAUGCCAUUCCUGAAGAAAAAAAGCUUGAAACUCCAUCAGUGUCACCACUAAGCCAGCAGGGCACAGUUGAAAAGAUGCAGGAUGAACUUAUGAGGUAUGCAGCAGAGGCAAUUGUUGUCUUGUCAUCUUCUUGCUGCCAGCAAGUGGAUGAUGUGAUCAACAGUCCAUCAGAAAGCCCAGUGGUGGACCCUCUAAGUUGGUUUGUGGAUAUAGUUUCCUCAUGUGUGGAUGAUCUGCAGAAGAAGAUUGAUAAUCGAAGGGGAAAAGAUGGUGAGGAUAAUAGGGAAUAUUCCUCAGAUGGCAUGGAUUACUUUGAAUCAAUGACAUUGAAACUGACAGAGACCAAGGAAGAAGAAUACAUGCCCGAGCCCCUUGUUCCAGAAAACAUUAAAGUGGAAGAAACUGGAACAAUCUCUGUACCUGCAAGGACUAGGAAGGGGCAAGCUAGGAGAGGGAGGCAGCGGAGAGACUUCCAAAGGGACAUCCUUCCAGGCCUUGCUUCUUUAUCAAGGCACGAAGUGACGGAAGAUCUUCAAACGUUUGGAGGGCUUAUGAGAGCAACAGGUCAUGCAUGGCAUUCAGGAUUAAACAGAAGAAGCUCAUCUAGGAAUGGGUGUGGUAGGGGUAGGCGGCGGUCACAGCCACAGGUAAGCCCGUCUCCCCCGCCUCCGGUGGCAACCAUUGAAACAAGCACCCCACUUAUUCAACAGCUUAAUAACAUUGAAGUGGGAUUGGAGGAUAGAAGCCUAACAGGUUGGGGCAAGACAACCAGAAGGCCCCGCAGACAAAGAUUUCCAGCAGGUAAUCCUCCAUCCAUCCGGUUAAUCUGAUAACUGGUAGAGGAUUAAAUUUAUAGAUGAAAAUUUAUAGAGGGUAAGCACAAGGCAGGUCCAUUGCAAUAUUGUUGGAACAGAAUGUUAAUCUCAAGCAUGGGAUUUCUCUUGUAAAUUUCUUCAAACCCGAAUUUGGGUAUAUGUUUGAUUUGCAGUCAGUCUUUGGUCUAUACCAACUUAAAUAACGUCGCAUGAUUUCUUCUUGGUUGUCUCUUUUAAGAACUGUUGGGAGGAGAUAUAUAUACAGUUUGUGCACUCUCACUGCCUUGGAUUUUUACUAGUGAUUUUUUGGUUAUACUGCACAUUAGGCUGCAUGCUUAAAUGAAUUGGACCUCCAUCAAAUAGGACUUAUAGCUUCUGACAGGGUCAUUCAUUUGUUACCUUGUUCUGGAUAUUUAUGGUAAGAUUCUUCUCCUCAAUCACAGAUCUUCAUUAGUGUAAUGAAAGAUUUUCCAGUUUUGUAGUUAUAAAGGAAGCAUAGAUGUUCAACAUAUAUAAUUUUUCUAUUAAA